CACGCCGCGCGGACUCGCAGUGUUGAGUUGAAAGCGCCCUGGCGUCGCGCUCGCCGCUUUGUUGUUGGGAGUUGUGACGGCGCUGUGCUGUGUGCGGCCCGAUGAUGCUGGUGUCGACGCCGUGCGAGAUUUGAACAAGGAGGCGCGUCGUGCUGUGGAAGUGUUUCUCGUUGAACGUCGCCGGCGGUGUUCACAACAUCGUCAUGGAUUUGAAACAUGAUUUGACGAGGACGCCUCCGAUCAGCGCGUGCCGCCCCACUGCCUCCUGGCGCAUGUCGCUGCUGCUGGCUGUGCUGUCCUGGUGUGUCCUUGGCGGUGUCCUCGGCCAGGACAGCUUCUACUUCAGCCCGCAGCCGGCCGACGUGCGGGUGCGCAAGGGGGAGAGCGCCACGCUGCGCUGCGGCGUCUCCAACUCCGACCGGGUCGCCUUCCACUGGACGCUGGACGGCGAGCCCGUGCGCAACACGACGCGACGCUUCCAGCAGGGCUCCGACCUGAGGCUCACCCGCGUCGACCCCAGCCUCGACAUGGGCGAGUUCCGGUGCAUCGCCACCAACGUCACUUCCGGCUUCUCGUUGGCGUCCCAAGGGGCGCAGCUCAACAUACUCUGGAUCGGCGACCACGUGAGCGUGGAGCUGCACAUCCCGUCGUCUCCCGACCAGCUGGCGGUGGGCGGCGAGAUGUCCCUGCGCUGUCGCGCCGAAGGCGUCCCCGAGCCGCAGCUCGAGUGGUUCCACAACGGGGUGCGCCUCUUCCGCAGCGAGAGGGUGACCUUCCGCGGACGACGCUUCCACCUGGCCGCCCUGACGCCUUCCGACAACGGCGUCUACACGUGCGCCGCUUCCUCCGAGGCCGGCAUGGUGCGCAGUCGCCGGGGCUUCGCCCUCACGCUGGCCGGAGAGAACGUGCCCCGGAUCAGCACGCUACCUAGUGACGUCACUGUUAAGCGUGGUGACGUGGCGCGGCUUGAUUGCGUCUACGAGCGGGCCGCGAUCACGGAGUGGUACGCGCUGGACGGCGACGUUCCUCUCGGCAACACCACCAAGACCACGAUACUGGGCAACUCCUCGCUGCUGGUGCAGAACGUCCAGAGCUCGGACGAGGGGCUCUACCGCUGCGUCGGCGUGGGCCAGGAUAAGAACGCCGCGCAGCAGUCCUUCGUGGCGAGGAUAAGCCUCGCAUACCUCGAGGACUUCAAGCACGGCUCGAUCGAGCCACCGUUGCCGGAGGACCGCACCGUGGUGGCCGCGAAGGGGGGCCAGCUGGAGCUUCUUUGCGUGGUGCCCGAGGGCCAGCCGCGGCCCAGGGCCUGGUGGGAGGACCCGUCGGGCCACACGAUCGGUGACACGGGCCGCGUCAAGGUGUCUGGUAUGCGGCUGCUCAUCGACUCGGCCAAGAAGGGUGACGCCGGCAACUACACCUGCGUUGUGCAGAACAUGGCUAACACGCGACGCACCAGCGUCACAGUCUUCGUAGCUGUUGCACCAUCGUUGUCUUCCCACCCACUUGACCUGACGGUGGAUGAAGGCGAGGAAACCAUUCUCACGUGUUCUUACUCGGGCUCCCCGCCUCCGGUCACCCGGGUCUCGUGGCAGCACGACGACAGGCCACUGCGACCCGCCGGCAAUGGCGGCUCGGGAAGUACCGACCCCAUCACGGCGGCCGUGAAUGGCAACGGCGGGCCAGGUCACCUGACUACUUACCCCAACGGGACGCUGCAAAUACGCAACGUGGGCCUGAGCGACGCAGGCGACUAUUUCUGCAGCGUCAACACCACUGGUUUCCCUGUACAGACGGCAAAGGUUGCUACUUUGCAAGUCAGGGAGCGGCUAAAGUUUGUGCCGGCUCCUGUAAGCCGCAACCUGGAGCUGGGUUCUAAUGCCAAGGUGUACUGCCGUGCGCGGGGCAGCCCGUCGCCCAUCGUGCGAUGGAUCAAAGAGCAAGAGGGCAGCCGGCAGCCGCUGUCGCUCGAGUGGCCGCCACACAUCCGCGACGAGAACGGCACAUUGCGAUUCCAAGGGGUGCGUGCCCAGGACGCCGGCCGCUACACCUGCGUCGCCACCAGCACCCAGGGACUCAUCAAUGCCACCGUGCGCCUCGACGUCAUCAUGAUGCCCCGUUUCACGGUUCAGCCGUCCACGACGCGAGCGGUCGAAGGUUAUAGUGUCAUGUUACACUGCAAGGCGACGGGCGACCCAUCACCCACGAUCCAGUGGGAUCGCAACAACGUCCUCAACAACUUCGACCCACAGCGCUACCGCGUCCUCGACAAUGGCUCCCUCUACAUCUCCGAAGUACAUCGCGACGACGACGGCAAGUACGGCUGCACAGCCGGCAACAGUGGGGGCCUGCGGCGCGUCGAGGCCAGCCUCGUUGUCUUAGACUCCGAAGGCUAUUCUUCGGGCAGCCUGCCAGGCGUGGGUGAUCCUGGUGAAAACACGAUGGCCAAGACGGUGACCAUCACACUGGGUGCGGCGGCCAUCUACAUGAUGCUGGUCAUGGGACUCAUGAUCUGGUGCCGGUUCCGAAGGGCACGCAGGAAGGCCAUGCUACUGCUGCAGGUCUCCUCCGAAGUGGCCAAGCCCGACGAUGACAUCGCUCCAACGGAAAUGCGGGACAAGACGGGCCCCGUGAUAGCAGGGGCGCGCGACUCGCUCAUUGCGCCCCACGGCGCCAACGGUGGUAUCGUCGUGGGCGAUGGAAAUGCGGCUGCUGCCGACGCGCUGUCGCACAGCUCGGGCUCACACUCCCAGAACUCGAGGCGCAGUCGAAACUCGUACGACAAGCUGCACUUCCCGCGCCAGGACCUGCACACCAUGAUGCUGCUAGGACGUGGCGAGUUUGGCGACGUCUUCCUCGCUAAGGCGAGGAACAUCACGGAGGGUGAGGGUGAAACGGUGGUGAUGGUGAAAGCACUGCACUCCCGUGACGAGUGGGCGCACGCUGACUUCAAGCGUGAGAUGGACAUGUUUCACAAGCUGAGCCACGAGGGAAUUGCGCGUUUGCUGGGCGUUUCGCGAGACGUCGAACCCUUCCUGGUCAUCAUGGAGUACACCGACUGGGGUGACCUCAAGCAGUUCUUGCUGGCCACUCAGAAGGACAGCCAACGGAAGGGGCCCAAGCCGCCACCCCUGAACCAGGCUCAGGCCAUCGGCGUCUGCCACCAGGUUGCCCUCGCAAUGGAGCACUUGGCCAACCACCGCUUCACGCACCGAGACUUGGCGGCGCGCAACUGCCUCAUCACCUCGCGUCUCGACAUCAAGGUCAGCUGUCCGGCGCUGUGCCGUGACUCGUAUGCCGCCGAGUAUGCCAUGCACCAGAACCGGUCGGUGCCCAUCCGCUGGACGCCCAGCGAGGCGCUGUUUGAAGAUGAGUGGUCCACGAAAAGUGACGUCUACUCGUUUGCCGUACUCGCCUGGGAGGUCUUCACUCAAGGCCUGCUGCCUCAUGCGGACAAGGAUGACACCACGGUGCUCAGGCUGCUCAAAAGUUCCGAGCUUCGCUGGACGGCGCCCGCGAGUGCCCCGAUGCCGUUCGCCGACCUCCUGGACCGCUGCUGGCAGCGGUCACCGCGUGACAGGCCGUCCUUCUCUGAAGUGGCUGUCAGGAUUGGCGAGAUCUUCGUGGACAGCAACGUCUGAAGGCUACGUGCUGUGUCGAUUAGUGUUCAAUAUUCAGGGUCAUUUGAAGCAGUGGGCCUAAUCAGGAAAUGGGGGAGUAGGGAUAGAUGGCACCUAUUUAGAGGGUCACGGUAAGGAUCAUAAGGAGCAUCUUUAUGUUUCAGCCACCUCCGUUGAACUCCUGUCAGAAUCCACCUUCUUCACUUUCUUGUACUGCCCUCUGCCAUUUCGGUAGCAGCUGGGACAAUUGCUAUUGCCAGAAGGAAGGUCUCCUCAAGAUCAAGAAGCGUUUUGAGACUUUACCGCUAGGCGAAAGGGCGCAUGCAUCUAUGGCAUCGUAAAAAAUGGUGGGUUAGCGUCGUUUUCGCAAACGUCACUACCUGCUAGAGGUCGCACGCGUCCUCCCGUCUUGCCUCACGUCCAUGCUCACAGUCAUUCACACUCUGAAGUGCAACAUUUGGGCCACGUAGUCAUGGAUUGCAGUGCGGAUGGGUGCGCCAUUAUGUACGCCUCUGGAGCUACAAGUACUGCAUUGCUAUUUAAUUCAGCCCAAGUUUCGUGGCCGCACUUUUAUAUGAAAAAGUGGGCAAUUGCCUAGUUUGCCAGUUUUUUUUGUUUGUGAGGCAUAGGCAAGCUGUGCGAUGCACUUUUGCAUUACAAAUGUGGGAACCACUUCAUUAUAUAAGUGAUCUAUCAACAGCUACCUAAUGUUUUGUUUCGAUUGUACCAAGAAAUAGAGAUUGGUUCAUUUUAAAAAGGGUCUCUUGAAUGUACACAAAGGGCUUCAGAAGUUGUAAUCAGAUCACGAUAGUUAUCAUGUUUCGUUUCAAUUGUACCAAAAAAAUAGAGAUUGGUUCAGUUUAAAAAUAUGUCUUUUAAGCGUACAGAGAGGGCUUUAGGAGUUGUAAUCAGAUCAUGAUAGUUAUCAUGUCUUUGUUGCCAUAAUAAGUGUGUCACAUGCAUCAUUCUGUAAGCAAUGCAAUUUUAUACAAUCUUUUAGUAUACAAGCUACUGCCAAUGCACAUAGCUCAUGUCAAUUCUUUGUGCUGGAUACAAAACUGCAUAACAUGUAACGUCCUAUAACAUUUUUUCAUUUGAAUAAUAGUGCCAAGGUCAAACAGGAAAUGUGCACCAAGAGAUAUUCAGAAACUGGGUGUUAAGCUUAUAGCAAACAAAAAUUGAACAAAAAGAUAUGUACUGCAACAUUGUAGUGACUUAUACCGGUAUCACAUGAUCACAAUAAGGGCUGAUCCGUAUUAGGUGCAGCUUUACAGCUACCUUUAGGCGCGAUCAGGCCUGAUUAGGGUCGGGACAGUUGCUACCGGCGUAUCAAUAUCUGAUUCUCAGAUGGCAAAUUCACUGGCAGCGGUGUGAAACUCUGUGUGAAACUCGGUGUGCAACUGCAUAGAAACAACCACUGUUGAUUGCAGUGAAGAAAUCUGAUCCAGGUCAGCACCGAUCAUGAUCAAACGUGGCUGGGUGAUACAGGUAUUAAAGAUGGCCCAGUAAAUUAAUAUUGGCAAGAAAUGAAGUGAACAAACUUAGGCAUCUUUAGUUAGGUUCGUGCAAUUGCACUGCAGUUUCCUACAAAAGCAUAAACAUUUUCUUUACACGCUUGUCACCUUUUUUCAAGUUCUACAUUGUCAUUCGUGGUAAACAUUUUUUACACAUAUUUAUAAGAGUAGAUCUCGCGCGUGAAGGAGGCUAAAAACUGCCCACCAUUUUUGCCAUCGAUAAAGGCAAAUGCCAAUCCAUAAUAAUAUUCUUUUGACCAACGAACUAUAUUGUCGCAAUGACACUUUACACAAUGUUUUGUACGCCUUUUAUGUCCUUACACACAUUUUAUAAACACAUUAUUUGUCUAACUGUAGAGAGACGUGUUCAGUGUACAUAUGAAUGUGUACCAUGAUAUCUAUCCAUCCUUCUAUUUCCUACCCUUGGCAAGUUGUCCCUGUGAAGUCCAACGUUCCUGGGCUAGUCACGUUUAUUCACCACGCAUGACACUUUGCAAAAGAAUGUGGUGCUCUUCUUUUUUUUUUUUUUACAAGUGUUGGACAAAACAUUUUUUAAAUGCAGAUCAAGUUGUAUGCUCACUGCACGUGAAGUACGUCAUAACUUGCAUCACGAUUGCAUGCGUAACAUAGGAUCUUCAUGAGUACAUAAUACUACAUGCGAAGCGCGAUGCGUUGUUCUGGAGACGAAUUCACAGCACACCCGACUCAUGGAGAAGCUAUUGACGUCUCAUGCUAUUAGACCGCGUCGUUUAACAAUCACGUGAGCAUCUACAUAUUUCUAACCACAUCUCAUCAUUGUUGUUCAUACAUUAAUACAGUCAUUUUCAAAUGGCUGUGUGAGUCAAACAACGAAUGAUAACUUGGGCACCAGGUGGUAUGUGAGGAGAAAUAUAUUUUGUAAUCAAUUUUCCCAAUUUCUUAUUUGCUUUGAUGGUGAGGGCUUGUCCGAAAUUAUAAUUUGUAAAAAUUUACCGUGCACUUGAUUCCCAUCUUGCGUAUGAAGAUUCAACCAUGCACUCUGGUCCGUGUACGAGUGGUAAAUGAGUCGAGAUUUUGCUAGAAUGCCUGCUUUAUAUUAUUCUGUCCCUUACUGUGCAUGUUGUGAAGUUAUUAUUGGAUGCUCUGCUAGCUAUCGAUUAUACUGAAUGAUUACUGCAAGUGAUUGCUGUGAAUGUAAGCAUCUCACUCUCACAAAGCUGCCUCCAUACAGUGUUUUUCAGAAUACGUAUAUGUACUUGUUGAAGCAUCUCAACACAUACAUCGAGCAGCGUUCAUACGUGCAUCAGUUUUUCCUACUGUAUUUAUUGUCAGCAACAUAGAUUCAACAUACACUAAGGAAACAAGCCAUUCGACUCUAAGUUCAUCGUUAACAUUAAAUUAAAGUAGAAUGUUUGAGGCAUCAAAGACUUUGUUUUCUUUUUGCAUUAACAUCAUUUGAGCAUAGCUGUUUCUGCCUGUGAUUGCACCAAUUGAAAAUCGCAUAGAUUUUGCAUAGUAAUUGCUUGGAAGCAGAUAUGCAUUCAGUUUCCCACACCUUUCAGCGGUUGUGUUCAGGGUAACAAAAUGCCAAUUUGUCACGUGAACAUCGCAUCACACUGUCUUGAACCUCCUGUGCUAUGAUAAUAAUAAAAAUACUCGUCCUGAUGAAAUGACAUACAUCUCAAACAAGGACGAGUACGUUAGCAGGUUUUCAAUAAAUGCAUGGAUUUAAUGCAAAGUUACCUUGCUGUACUUAAGACUAAAUCAUUCAAUUAAACAUGGAGGAUAGGAACAUCUAAUUAAACACAGAAGACAGGAACAUGCAUUGCUGCUACAACCAUGUCUAAAAAGUUUCUGACACUGUAAAGAAAUGCUCUUCUUAUUUGAUGCUGUCAUAUUUAACUGCCGAUCCACAAAUGGUCUGUUUCCAUGGCAUCGCCCAUGCUCUGUGCAAGCCACUUUUCAUGUUUGGUGAAACAUUUAGGACGUCGCAUGCAGUGUUGAAGAUUUCCUAUUUUUUAUGAGAGCAUUCUUCUGGAAAAAGACACGCUAGAUACAGUGAACGCUUUUAGGGAUGUAUCGUCCUUGAGACACAUCAGCUAUCUUCAUUUGUCUGAGUGCCUUUCCUUGCUCUAAAACCUUAUUCCCGGGGCAAUCUAAAAACGCUUGCACCCUUGGAGGUGUGUUUUUUGUUACAACCGUACUUGUAGCACGGCUUGCAGCAUACAUCUUUUUUUUUUUUUUUGAGUUGUCUGCACUUGCGAUCCUUCUGCCAAAAGUGGUCUCCCGCACUGGUGGCUUGCACAUCAUUUGUGAGCUAAAGUACUGGGUACAUGGCUGCAAAGCAAGGACACAUGGGCAAACACAAGUACACACCUCAAAGGGUGCAAGUAUUUUCUGAGCGUACUUUCCCAUCAUGAGAUGCUUACAUGCAAUCUUCAUGUCGUGGCAUUUUUCAUGGGAAAAUAGGUCGUGGAGCAUUUUGAAAGAAUCGAAUGUGCCCUGGCCAGGUUACGAUCAUUGUUGCCUGAUGAAAUACUCCUAGAAGGGUGUAUUUUCAUCAAGCAACUACCCAAAAACUGUCGUUUGACAACCACCCUUCAAGAUGCCUCGUUUACAAAAACACCUGAAGAGGUGUUUUUUUGUUUCGUGUGACAAAAAUACACCCUGAAUUACACUAGUGAGCUAAAAACCUCCAAAUACACCCCAAAAGAAGUGAUAAAACGAUGCGUACCUCAAAAGUUGUAGCCGUUUCUAGUGUGCAGAGUUCGUGUUUAUAUUACCUGUGUUGUUUGUCCUCUCUUCUUAUAGUACGCCGCUUUUGUUUAGUAUGUUUCUUCCGAAAACCGCCCUGGCUUGACGUCGGGCAAUGCGGGAAUCUUUACGCGCCAGUAUUGUAGGCCGUUUCGAAGUGCGGGGCUGUGGACAAAUGGGGGUCAAUGGCCAACUAAACCCAUAGCUACCCGAGUAAUGCACGUAGAAAUGAGCAAAACUAAAUGCAGAGAUAUUUAUGCUCGCUACUAACAAAGGUGUAUACUUCCUAUUUAAACAAACAAACUGCUUGCUGCAAUAAAUCAAUAUUUGUUGAGAAUGUACUCCAGAAAUGGUGCCUAGACGUGCAAUCUUGCCUCCAUUUCUUAUUCCACUACUGUCACAUUUCUGGACUUCUUUUGCGUGUGGGUGUGUGUUUGUGUGUGCGUGCGUGCAUGUGUGUGUGUGUGUGAUGCCUUCUGUGGUGCUAUUUUGUUUCACUGUAAACUCUGUUUACCAUAAAAUAUGCAUCAAUGUUUUAAAUAAGAAAGGACAUCAUAGAAAGUCAUUGGCAUUCGGGCAGGUGGAGCUGUUUUAAGAGAGAUCGUUUUUUUUUGUUUUUUUUGUGUACAUAAGCAUAAUCAUUUCAAACUCCAUGAACGACUGAUAUGUGGAAAGAAUUUGUUCGCUGGAGAGGUUCAUUGUAAGCGUUUAUAAAACUGAGCACAUUCAUGUAACUAUAUCAAGGAUGAAUUAUGGCGAUCGAACACGCAAUGUUUUUCAUGACUUGCUUCCCUUCCUAUGAAAAUGAAUAUAAAUUCAUGCAAACUCGGAAGCUAUUCGCAGUAACAACCUAUAGGUGAAUUUUGUGCUAAUUUACCUUAAUGGUCAAAGGCAGUCAGUAAUGAACAUGUAACCUGUAAAAGUCACAAUAGCUUUGUACAUUUUGAACACAAACAUGGGAAGCAUUGACUACAUCGAAUUAACAGUCUCACUUUGCUUCUAUACUGCCAUUUUUAAUUGCUGAUGGCUCUGAAGGCCUUCAGCAAAUUCCAUGUACUGCUUUCACGCUUUUUCCUGCCAUUUUGUCAUUGAAAGUGCUUUAUUGCUAUUAUAUAUAGAGAGAGGCAUAAAUAUAAGUACACCUCGUAUAUCUGUGGCUUUCUGUGCUUGUCUCAUGUGUUUUCUUUGAAACUUCAUCGCUUUGUGCUCAUUCGUGGGCAGAAUUUUUUUUUUGUAUGUGAUGUAUGUGUGUGUACACAUAAAUGCCAGUAGUUCCUGUGACUGCUUUUGCAUGUGUUGUGUAAAUAGGUGAGCAGUCUUGGAGAAACUGUUUUCUAAAUAAAUAUUGCUAGAAAAGUGA